AUGACGGAACUGGGCGGACUUCCGGGCGCGCCACCGCCACCGACGCUCCCGGGCGUGAAGACCGCGCCCGCGAUGGGAGUCGGGGACACGGUGCUGCUGGAGAUGAACGGGGACAAGUGGGCGUUCAUCAAGCUCAAGCGCGACGGGACCGCGGUCAUCGGUAAGCACAAGGACGUCAGCCUCGCGCCGCUCAUCGGCGCCCCGUUCGGGUCCACGUACGAGGUGGACCAGGACGGCGUGCUCUACCCCGCGCAGCCCGAUCCCCCCGAGUGGACCGCGGGCGACGACGCCAUCAACGCCAUCGACGACGACCGCAACAACGCCGACGUCAACGACAUGCGCGACAACAGCGCGCAACGAAUGGAUCAGCACGACAUCGCCAGGCUCAAGCGCGAGGGCGUCGGGGGGCGUUCGCUCGUCGAAGCCCUUGCCGCGUCGAGCGCCACGUUCGCCAAGAAGACGGCGUACGCGCAGGAAAAGUACGUCAAGAAGAAGUUACGGAAACAUCUGGUGCGGUGCCGAGCGAGGCGACCCACGCCGCGCGCCGUGUGCGAGGCGUACUUCCACAAGCAGCCCGCGGCGACCAACUACGUGCGGUACGACGCGCUGGGGAUGCUGUUGGCGCUGGGCAACGUGGGCGCGGAGGCGCAGCCGCUCAUAGUGGAGACGUGUGGCGGAUUGAUUGUCGGCGCCGUCGCCGAGCGAAUGGGCGGCCGCGGUCGAGUCGUGGCGGGGCACACCGGGCCGUCGGCGCCGAGUUUGGACAUCGCGAGGCUGAUGAACUUGGGAGACGCGGAGCGGGAGAGCAUCGCGACGGCGCCGGUGACGGAGCUCAUCGCGGCGAGGGCGCGACACGCCGGCAUAGGCGGAGAAGGGGAUGAGGACGAUUCGGCCAAGGAAAUAGAUUCGGGGAACGCGAACGGAGCCGCGGACGGGGUUGAUAAAGCCGAGGGGGAUGAAGCCGAGGGAGGUAAAGACGCCGAGGGGGGUAAAGACGCCGAGGGGGGUAAAGACGCCGAGGGGGAUAAAGACGCUCUUCAGGAGCGGGUGCCUCGCGAACGGCCGGAGGGAUGGCGCUCGCGGCGCAUCGAGUCCGCGUCUCCCGCGCUGAUUCGCGAGCUUGCUUCGCCGGCGCAGGGAUUCACCUCGCUCAUCCUCGCCGCCCCCGCGCUGGACCCGUCGUCGGCGCUCGCGAAGCUCCUUCCGCUGCUGGCGCCGUCCGCGCCGUUCGCGGUGUGGUCGUACGCGCCGCAGCCUCUCGCGGAAGCGUUGGACGAGUUGCGCAGGUCGAGCUCCGCGGUGAACUUGACGCUGCAGGAACCGUGGCUUCGCAGGCACCAGGUGUUACCUCGGCGGACUCACCCGACGAUGACGACGACGGCGGGGAGCGGCGGGUACGUCCUGAGCGGGAAUUACAUCCCGGAGGGUGAGAGGAAGAGGCAACGAGGGGACGACGACGAGACCGCGGUGAAGAGGGCGAGGACGGGCGGCGCGGACUGA